AUGGCUCGUCCGGCUGGUUCACGAUUUCUUCCAACGGAUUUGUGGUUGGUGACUGGUUGUCUUCACGAAAAGGUGGAGAAGAACAAGAAAGGUUGUCUUGACGACAAGGUGGAGAACAACAAGAAAGGUUUCAUAAAAACCAUGAAAGUCUACGAAGACGAGCCGUGGCGUCUUGAUCACGAUCUAAAUCCUCUGUUCAAGAGAGACGAAUGGUAUUACUUUGUUCCGAGGACAAAAAGAGGUGGCAAGACAGCAAACCGGAGCGUACCGAGAAACGGAGAAAGCGAAGGCGGCACAUGGAAGGCCACCACGAAAAAAAACAUCGUCGACGGAAACGGUACGUUGGUCGGUUACAAGCGAGAUUUCGUGUACAACAAGACAGUGGAGGGAAAACCAGUGAAGACUGAUUGGCACAUGUCGGAGUAUUCCCUUCACGAGGCUGAUGCUGAUGCUGAGUUCCAAGAUUUGGUCUUGUGUUGGAUCGGAGACUUGGAGAAGAUGGAUUCGAGGUUCAAAUUUGUCCCUCGGGAGGUGGAGAACAACAACAACAUCCUCUUACCGAACCAAGAGCAAGAAGAUGAUGCUGAUUUUGCUAAUCAUAUUGAGAUGAUGAUGUUGGAAGAGGGAGAACCUAGCGACGUCAAUCAACAGCGUCAAGAGCAAGAGCAAGAUAUGCCUAAUCCUCUCCUUCCUCCUUUUCAGAGCAACGACAACCAAGAACAGUGUCUGUGGGAUGAUUUUGGCUUUGAUGGCGCAGAUGAUGAUGAUACGAUUUCCCAUGAUCUAAUGAUGCGAAUUAUGUAUGAAGAAAACGACGUCACUCAGCAACAACAACGGGAAGAAGACCGAUUGCAACUGCUGCAACGGAUCCCUGAAGCUCAAGCUCAAGACUCUGGAUCGAGUGGUAGUCAAUUCAUGGCUCAAAGAUGA